GCGGCUCUAAUGAGUAAAAGAAGAGGCUGCCAUAUUGCAGUGAUACAGCGACUUUACCGAAUUGCAGCUUGAACUCCGUUUUCUUUUUAGGUAAAAUGCUUUCCGCUCAUACUGUUGGAGAUCCCGGAAAGAUGAAAGAGUAUCAUUAUACCGGUCCGGUAGAGCACCGAUUCUCUCCAUACGCUUUCAACGGAGGGACAGUACUAGCUGUUGCCGGAGAAGACUUUGCCAUCGUAGCUUCUGACACCAGGCUGAGUGAAGGAUACUCAAUCCACAGCCGAGACUCACCCAAAUGCUACAAGCUGACAGACACAACUGUCAUCGGCUGCAGUGGUUUCCACGGGGACUGCCUGACUCUGACAAAGAUCAUCGAUGCCAGGCUAAAGAUGUACAAACACUCAAACAACAAGACAAUGACGAGCGGAGCCAUCGCAGCUAUGUUGUCAACUAUCCUGUAUGGAAGGCGGUUCUUCCCCUACUACGUCUACAACAUCAUCGGUGGACUUGAUGAAGAGGGCAAGGGAGCAGUGUACAGCUUUGACCCUGUUGGAUCCUACCAGAGAGACACCUAUAAGGCUGGAGGAUCAGCAAGUGCCAUGCUACAGCCACUACUAGACAACCAGAUUGGUUUCAAAAACAUGGAGGGUGUGCAGCAGGUUCCUCUGACUAAGGACAAGGCGGUUCAGCUGGUCAAAGACGUCUUUAUCUCUGCCGCAGAGAGAGACGUUUACACUGGGGAUGCACUUCGGAUCUGCGUCAUCACAAAGGAAGGCAUCGACGAGCAGACAAUACCUCUGAGGAAGGACUGAGGAGGGAAAUCUUCCCCUUUCUCUGCUGUCCUCUUUUCUCAUUGCUUUCCACUUUCACCCUGUUUAUGUUGCCCUUUAACAUCAAGUUUGUUAUAGUAAGAGUGUUGAUGCAGCAGUUGUUUCUAGUGGACUCUUAAACAGCAAAGCUGAUAGUCAAUUUUUGAAAUCCACUCACUGUUAACAUCAGUCAGAUUUUACACCUUUUCAAAGUGUAUGCUCUUACAUUUCUUCUUUAAUUACAACCUGGUUGUGAUUAAAAAUUUGAUUUAGAUCAGCAGUUCUGUUUAAAGGGCCAAGAAACUCUUCACAGCACUUUGACUAUACUCUUCCUCUGUUGGGAUUUCCAUUAUUUUUUUGGAGAAUACAUGCUCUGCUGUUCUUUUUACAUUCUUAAUAAAUGUAAGGAAUUAAAAAUAA